AUGGCUCUGGCCCAUAGCAACCAGCCCACUUUCCUGUCUAGAAAUCUGAUGACUGUUCAUCUGAAACCUGUGGAGAAGACCCUGAUGCUGGUAAAUGCUGCUCUGACUUACUCCAAAACACAAUUGGAACCAUUUUGGCACUACACUAGGGUUGAGCUGGUUCCUCCAACCCCUGAUGAAAUCCCUACAGCUAUUCAGAGCCUGGGAAAAAUAAUUCAUAGUGCUCAGACUGGUAGCUUCAAACAGCUCACAGUUCAGGAAGCUAUGCUGAAUGGUCUGGUAGCCACUGAGGUGUAGAUGUGGUUUCAUAAAGAGAUCAUAGGCAAACAUAGCAUCAUUGGUCAUGAUGUUUGA